CCUGGGCAACAUAGCAAGACCCUGUUUCAAAAUUAAACAAAAGGCAAAAAUUGUAUAUUUAUUUUGAACCCAAUUCAUUCAAGCAGCUUCACAAAAUGCUUUUCAUCAGAUACAGACCAGUGGCAGUGUCAAAAGAUAUAUGGUAUGAGUGAUGGAAUGACUUUAGCUUCCAUAAGUAACAUCAGUUUAUUUCCUAAAAAAGCUUCACCAAAAAACUUAAUUUCCGUUACAAGUCACAGAAAUUCUGGCACUCCAGGAAUGGAGACAGUUCCACAUAGAACCACAAUCCCCAUUUCUCUUCUGUAUUACGCAUUUUCAAAGCCUUCAACAAAUACAUUUUUAUCAGACUUUGUUUUGACCUCUUGCUUAUUCUUGGGUUUCAGAACCAUGUGUGCUCAGUACUGCAUCUCCUUUGCUGAUGUUGAAAAAGCUCACCUCAACAUUCGAGAUUACAUCCAUCUCACACCAGUGCUAACAAGCUCUAUUUUGAAUCAAGURGCAGGACGCAAUCUUUUCUUCAAAUGUGAAGUCUUCCAGAAAACUGGAUCUUUUAAGAUUCGUGGGGCGCUUAAUGCCAUCAGAGGCUUAAUUCCUGCCACCUUAGAAGGAAAGCCCAAAGCUGUUGUUACUCACAGCAGUGGAAAUCAUGGCCAGGCUCUCACUUAUGCUGCUAAACUGGAAGGUAUUCCUGCUUAUAUUGUGGUACCCCACACAGCUCCCAACUGUAAAAAACUGGCAAUACAAGCCUAUGGAGCCUCUAUAGUUUACAGUGAACCGAGCGACGAGUCCAGAGAAARGGUUACAAAAAGAGUUUUGGAAGAAACAGAAGGCAUCAUGGUACAUCCCAACCAGGAGCCUGCGGUGAUAGCUGGGCAAGGCACAAUUGCCUUAGAAGUGCUGAGUCAGGUUCCCUUGGUGGAUGCACUAGUGGUUCCUGUAGGGGGAGGAGGAAUGGUUGCUGGAAUAGCAAUUACUGUUAAGGCUCUGAAACCUAGCGUGAAGGUAUAUGCUGCUGAACCCUUGAAUGCAGAUGAUUGCUACAAGUCCAAACUGAAAGGGGAGCUGACCCCCAAUCCUUAUCCUCCAGAAACUGUAGCAGAUGGUGUCAAAUCCAGCAUUGGCUUAAACACCUGGCCUAUUAUAAGGGACCUUGUGGAUGAUGUCUUCACUGUCACAGAGGAUGAAAUCAAGGUUCAGUAUUGCCAGGAUUCCGGCUUACCACCAUGUUCAACACUGACAUCUGAGAACCAAUAAGAAAAAAAGCUUCAUAGUCUAGGAAUAAAACAGCCUAACCUGAAAGGCAGCAAACUAAAUGAACAUCAGCCACACAAUAGAACUGACAAUGUUAAUUCAUGGCAAAUUAUAGAGAUGAUGGGACACAGGUGUAUCCUUUAUGUCCAUUAACAACUGCACUAGAACUGAAAAUAGGCUUGACCAGAGUUUUCAUCCAUCUUCUAUGCUAGCUUAUCUUCCCAGAUCUAAUAUUAAAAAGCUUACCAUAUGCCACAAAUACCAGUGGUCUUCAACUCAUUUACUUACCACAUCCCUUCAAAAUCACUCAUUAGACUUCUCUUCCUCAACCUGUACUCACACUAACCAAAAGUCAGAGCUAUCAAUCACAUAACCCCCAAAGUGACAACUACUGGCUACCUAGAGAAAGAGAGAUUUGCACUUUGACAUAAAACUUCAUUUUUUUUAAAUAGGAUUUUUUUCA